AUGAUUUCUUUCAUAUUUACGUUAUCGCUUUCUGUUUCGGAAGAAAUAAAUAAGACAUCCAAUAUUAGUAAAGCGCAUACAAUUAAAGAAAAUAUUAGUCAGAUUACCAAAUCAUCAAUUGUUAAUAAUUCAAGUAUAAAUUUAACAAAGAGUCAGCGUAUAGCCAAUAAAACUAGAAAGUAUAACGAAUCAGUAGCUGAUAAAGCAACUCCACAGCAAAAAACUAUAAAUCAUUCCAUAAAUUCAACCAAAUCAAAUAUUUCUAACAAAAAUCAUGCAACUUCAUUAAACAUUUCCAGCAAAAAUUCUACAAUUCCACACGAAAUUAAAAAUACAACAAAAUAUACCAAUGAAACAAAAAUAAACAAAAAUUCAACUCUGAAAAACCAAACAAAGAUAGAAGAAGUAAUACCUAAGCAUGAGAAAUUACCAGAAAAAGCAAAGGAAACACAGAAAAAGCCAUCCAAGGAAGUAGAAAAAGAAGAUGAAACCAAAGAUACACAAGAUGAUCAUCAUACAUCUGAUCCGGGCAUGGAAGAUGAAGAUAGUCAAGAUGAUGAGGAAGAUACAAGAAGACCAGUCCCCGGACAAGAAGAACAAUUUGAAUAUGGUUUUCCAACGUUCAAAUUACCAGAAUUUUGGAGGGAUAGUAUUACAAAGAAGACAUAUCAUUUCCCGCAAACACAAGAAGAAUUCGAUGCCCUCCCACCUAAAUUCCAAAAAGCAAUUUCAAAAAUUUUGGAACAGAAGAAGAGCCAAUACCUCAACAUGAUUAUGUCAAAUCCAAGAUACAAAGCCGCAUAUGAAGAAUAUUUGCUUAGAAGUCAACAAAAUCAAGAUCCACCACAAAAUUACGAAAAUCAACAGACAAACGAUAAUUACGAAACCGUAAGAGAUUACUAUGACACAGAAAAAUACCAAAGGCAAUACAGAUCCCAACAAAAGUACCGUGAUGAAGAUGUAGAAGAAAAUGAAGAUUAUCAGCCUAAACCUCAACGCCAGGACAUUAAUCCUAGAUCCAGAUUACCACCUAAUACCGAAUUCGAUGGAGAAGGCAGACUUACUUGCGUACAAGGAUUUUUCGGAUUUGAACCGAUCGAUUAUCAUGGUUGCUGGACAUGCCAUCCAUCAUGUCACUACAGAGCUGAUUGUAUCAACCCUGGAUACUGCAAAUGCGCUGACGGAUACACUGGAGAUGGCGUAAAAUACUGUAAUGCGCCAACACCGUUUAUUCUUAAGGCCAAGAGUGUGAAAGGAGUAUUAUCAGCUCAGUACAUUGGUGUUAACAAGGAUUUCAUUGUUAGAGAAGCUUAUUGCAGAUUUAAUGAGAAAAUUAUUACAAAUGCAACAAGUUAUGGUAACAAUACUAUAUUCUGCAAAGUUCCUGCUGGUCAGAGAUUUGACCGUAUCCGGAUUUCUCUCGAUGGAUCCUCUUGGAGCGAAGAAGCUCACAUUUUUAAUAUGUUUUCAAACAAACAGUUCAUUCAGAUAUUCAUAAUCACGUUUUGUGUAGUUGGAGCAGCUGUUGCAUGCAUAGUAAGCAAAUGUACAAGAGGAAAUAGGAAGUAUUACGAUGAAGAACCAUUGAUGGCUAAUAAGAACUCAAUUCAAAAUACUUAUUUAGAGAAUGGUGCAAAUAAUCUUGAUGAAGCUCUUUAA